AUGACGGACAAGAAGUAUCUGAAGACCCGUUUGGACCAUCAUCCGUUGGGGACCGCAGUCACUGGUACAGCUGGGUCGACACCUGAUGUGCUUGCCAUAGUCAGGGAUGUGAUUGACACAAUAAGAAAGGAUGGCGACAUCGCUGUUCGAAAGUAUUUCGAGAAAUUUGACAAAUGGUCGCCUCGUGCAUUCAGGCUCUCGAAAAGUGAGAUUGAUAAGGCAAUUGCUGCAUGCCCGAAGCAGACCAUCGACGAUAUCAAAAACGUCCAAAGAAACGUUCGAGCCUUUGCAGAAGCACAGCGGAAAUCUAUCACAGACUUCGAACUUGAAAUUCGUCCCGGUGUUGCCGAUGUACAGACUGUAGUGGGAUGCACUCCCCCAAUCCUGGGCAAGAUUCCCAAUGCAACAGUGGCUGCUAUGUACUAUGCCGGAGCCGAUGAGAUCUGGGUCCUUGGAGGCGUCCAGGCUGUUGCUGCCAUGGCGUGCGGUACGGAGACGAUGCCAAAGGUUUACUUCAUCGCCGGUCCCGGUAAUGCCUUUGUAGCAGAAGUAAAGCGCCAGAUGUUUGGUGAAGUUGGUAUCGAUAUUUUUGCUGGACAAACCGAAGUUCUAGUCGGGGCCUUGCUCUCUCAGGCUGAGCGCGGACCCGACACUCCUGCAGUGCUUAUUACGACGUCAGAAAAGGUUGGCACCGAGUCGAUCAAGAUGGUUGACAAGAUGCUCGAAAUGCUACCGACCGCCACUUUGGCCGGCACGUCAUGGAAGACUUUUGGCGAGGCUAUCGCUGUGCCUACAUUGGAGGAGGCGUUCAAGCUUGCCAAUGAGUACGCUAGCGAGCAUGUCCAGGUUCUUACUCGGCAUCCAAGAGAGGCGUUGGAGAAGAUGCAGAAUUCCGGCGCCCUAUUCCUCGGUGAAAAGACUUGCGUCUCGUACGGUGACAAGGCAAUCUUCUGCUUGCUUGUCGUGAAUAGGCUUACAUUGCUAGGUGAUCGGCACAAAUCACGUCCUGCCCACUCGAAAAGCAGCGAGAUAUACGGGUGGAUUAUGGGUCGGUAA